AUUACAAGGCGGGCAGACAGACCGACAAUCGAUGAACUGGCAGGCUCAGUAGACCCCAGAUACUCCGCGCCGAGACAGGGUAACAAGAGUCACAGUCGGGUCCAUGGGGGAGGGUAAACCGACCGAGGACGACGACUCGGAUGAUCCUGCCCUCAGGAUCGCUCUAAGGACAACCAAGCUGCUGGAGGCCCGCAGAAAGAAGGACGCAGCCAAGAAAAUGGCAAAGUUAAUGAAGAACUUCAACUACGACUUGCUGCGUGGGAUGGCUCAGGAAGAGGAGGAGGUGGAAGUGCAGCCCCAGGGAGGGGGUAGCAUCUGCGAGGAGCUGGACUUGGAUGAUACGGAGGCCGAGAGACUCAGGAAGCUGCAGGAAGUGGCAGAAGAGAUGGCGUCAGGAUCGUUGCUGACACAGGAGACCGGCGGUUGUCCUAAGUACGAAGCACCUCUUAUCACUCUCAUGCGAUCUGUUGAGACGGUAAACGAACUGUACAACUUGGCUGAUCAGCUUAUACCCUUAUCAACAAAGAGGCGCUAGACCUACACUGCAGCUGUGCUUUAAAGCUUCUACAGAAUAUUCUCUGGCUCUUUCACCACUUCACAAUAUUCUAUAAUAUACAAUGAAACUAGAGAACACAACAUGUUGUUAUCAGGAGUAACAAAUCAGUGUAUCUUUCUAAGAAUCAUGCUGACCUUGUACUAUAGGCUGAUAAAUAGAACAAUAUUGAUAUCAAUAACAGUAUUGAUAAACACAAUAUCUUUUUGAGAGAAGAAAAGUAAAUUUACAUCUUAUAUAUUAUGUGCAAUAUUUGCGAUUGGAUUCAUUUGCUUGUAAAUGUUUUGUUAAUAAGGUGUUUAAAAUUUGCGCCACUUAACUUGACCACAAAGGUUUAAAACUAAAACAUUUAAUAUACUUUACAGGCUCAAAAUAUUAUUUCAGGCAUUACAUACUUUGUAAUGUAUCUCAUUAUAUUUUAUCAAGGUCAUGAACAUCCUAAGAAAUUAUUUUUCUAAUAGGUAAAAACUGUGAGGUACGUCAUUCAACAUGCAAUAAAAAAGUAUCUGUGAUAUUAGCGUAACAAUCCUUAACCAGCCACGGCCAAGAAAAUUAUAAAUAUUUAUGAUAUUAAGGCAUAUAAAAAGGCUGUAUACUAAGAUUUUUAACGAGAUAAUCUUGUGAAUACUAUUAAAAUAUAGAAUAUCUAGCUAAUAUCCUAAAAUUUCCAAUGAUCUGGUUUAAUAGGUCUUGUAUACUAUAACGCAUACUGCUAAUUAAACAUACUAGUGAAGUAAUUGAGUAUAAUAUUCUCAAUUAUCCUUCAAUGAGUAUUUAAAUAGUAUUAAUAAACUAAACCAGUAAUAAAUAACACGAAAACAGUGUCCUUAAAUUACUUAAAUUAACGAUGUACUUUUAAUAAAUAAAUUUAAUAAAUUAACUACAAAGUUAAACUUGUAUACUUCAGGUAAAAAUAAAUUAUAAAUGCUU